AUGUCAACCUCACGCAUCCCACCAAUCUUGGAACAGUACACUCGAGCACCACAGGCCGGGGAGCUGGUCCUGCUCACGAACGUGCUCGGCGCAGGGACGAAUUGGCUUAUUUCGCAGUUCUUGUGCAGCACACUUGCGGAAGAUCCAAGAAGGCGGAUAGCAGGCGAUGAUGCUUUCGGCAGUGGUCACGAAAUAGGGGGCACGGAGGAAGAGAAAGAAGAGACCGCAGUGCUACUUGUGAGCUGGAUGCGGGAUCUGGCGUUCUGGACGGCGGAGGGGAGGAAGGCGUGGGGUCUCGACCUCGCCCGACUAGCGCAAAGAAACCGAUUCACAUUCAUCGACGGGCUCACAGAGCUCUUCAUCACUCCAGCUAUCCCAGGCCAGCAUCCAAAUCCAAAUCCCCAUCACCAUCCCCCGGCGUCCCCACUCCCGAUCCGCUCAACCCGAACCAUCACUCCCCGAGGCCCACCCCCUUCAGCCUCCUCUCUGAGUCCCCUAGCUCGCAACCCACCCGCACCGCCAACCCCCUCGACCACCACCAAACUCACCUCCCCCUCCCUCCAGCACAUCGAAUCCACCAUCCUCUCCGCCAUCUCCACCCUCUCCACCCCCGCCUCCCCAAAACGCAUCAUCCUUAUCCUGGACCACCCAGACCUGCUCCUCGCCACCGGCGCCACCUCCACCCCCCCUUCCCCUUCCCAGACGACACAGCACAGCACACCCGACACCUCAACGGCCGUGGAGCCGCUUCGUGCCAUGCUACACACGCUGUGCCAGCACGUUCACGCCGCCGUAGUCUCGCUAGUUGCGGAUGCACCGCUGGCUAACGGAGGAGGAGGAGGAGGAGGAGGAGGGAGUACGCCGCUGGAGACGAACCAUGCGGCGUUGUUGGCUGGGCUGGCGCAUGUGGCGGACUUGGUGCUUAGUGUCAGGUUGUUGGACACCGGGUUUGCGAGGGAUGUGAGUGGGGUUGUGAGAGUGUCUGGAGCGGCGGGGGAAGGAGCGGGGAGGGAGGUGUUGUAUUACGUUGGGAAGGAUGGGGUUGUGAAGGCGUUUGAGAGGGGUGGGGCCGGGGGUGUUGGGGAGGGGAGCUGA